GCCCCGCCUCCCGGCCGUCGGCAUCAUGGCGUUAUGCGAGGCUGUGGCGAGCGGGAGUCCUCUCCUCUGGCCUCGGGUUCUGCUUUUCGGAGACUCCAUCACUCAGUUUUCUUUCCAGCAGGGUGGAUGGGGAGCGUCACUGGCUGACAUGCUGGUCAGAAAAUGUGACGUCCUGAAUCGUGGAUUUUCAGGUUACAACACCAGAUGGGCCAAAAUUAUCCUCCCCAGACUCGUCAGGAAGGGGAGCGGGCUGGACAGCCCAGUGGCUGUCACAAUUUUCUUUGGUGCCAAUGACAGUGCGCUCAAAGACGAGAACCCCAAGCAGCACGUGCCCCUGGAGGAGUUCGCGGCGAACCUGAGGAGCAUGGUGCGGUACCUGCAGUCCGUGGACGUGCCCGAGGGCAGGCUCAUCCUCAUCACACCACCCCCGCUCUGUGAGGCCGCAUGGGCGCAGGAGUGCCUCCAGCAAGGCUGCAAAUUAAAUCGCCUGAACUCGGUUGUUGGUGAAUAUGCCAGGGCCUGUUUACAAGUAGCCCAGGACUGCGGGGCUGAGGCACUUGACCUGUGGACCCUCAUGCAGAAGGACGGUCAGGACUUUUCUUCCUAUUUGUCAGACGGACUACAUUUAUCAGCAAAAGGAAAUGAGUUUGUAUUCUCCCAUCUCUGGCCUUUGAUAGAGAAGAAAGUCUCCUCCCUGCCUUUUCUGCUCCCCUACUGGCGAGACGUAGCAGAAGCAAGACCGGAACUCAGUCUCCUGGGAGAUGGGGACCACUAGUCACUGAGAACCAGGUCCCACUGUCUAUCUACAGAACAUGAAGUCGCUGGUGCACAAAGACCCCAAGAUAAGUGGCCAAACGAUUUUUUUUUUUAAACGUUUCAAGUCUUUUGCUCCUGACUUUGGAACAAAAAGUACUAUCUGCCACCAAGAUGAAUAAAAUCAUUAGAAUUUUCUUAGGACAGCUUUGUACCUAGGUAUAUCAUGUUUUGAUAAUAAAUAUUUAUUGAUUGA